AUGUUGUGGAGGCCCAGUCAGAUUCUGGACGAUGAGGACAAGCUACACAUAGUGGAGGAAGACCCUGAUGGAGACAGCACUGUGCCAGAAGACACCUCCGCAGUAUUAUCCCAGAACGGGACGGAGACGCACCAAGACACCUGGGAUGGAGACAGGAUACUGACGUUACAAAACAUCCCAAUCACUCACCGCUGUCUGUCUGUCCUGUCUGUCUGCCAGCGUCAUGUACCCCAGACCACCACCACAACAAUAACAACAGGGGGGAACAGGAAGUUCAAGUGUACUGAGUGUUCCAAGGCUUUUAAAUAUAAGCACCACCUGAAGGAGCAUCUUCGCAUCCACAGCGGAGAGAAGCCAUACGAGUGCCCCAACUGUAAGAAGAGGUUUUCCCACUCAGGGUCCUACAGUUCCCACAUCAGCAGUAAGAAGUGUGUUGGCAUGGUGCCUGUCAAUGGCAACCCCAGCCCAGUCAUUAAGGUCUCCAACCAGACCCCCAGCCAGACCCAGCCCUCUGGCCCCGCCGCAGCCCCAGUCCGAGUGCUCCUCCGGGGGGAGAAGACAGACAGCAAGCCCCUACAGGAGCGGCUCCCCCACACUCAGAUUAAAUCUGAGCCUGUGGAUUAUGAGUUCAAGCCGGUGGUGGUGGCGCCUAACGGGACGGUGGGGACGAAUGGGACGGUGUUUAACGGUGGCGUGGCGCUACCCCAGGGCACGGCGCUGCCUCAGGGCAUGGUCCAGGCGGUGGUACUGCCUACCAUGGGUCUGAUGUCUCCUAUCAGUAUUAACCUCAGCGACCUGCAGAACAUGCUCAAGGUGGCCUUGGAUGGAAACGUGCUGCGUCAGGUGUUGGGGACGGCCAACGGGCUGGUGACCUCCAAGCAGGGGUUUGUGACACAGGCUGGCCAGCAGGUAAUCUCAGCCAUCAGCCUGCCUGGCUUCGUGGACCAGGACGGUACCACCAAGAUCAUCAUUAACUACAGCCUGGAGCCAAGCCCAGCCCAGCAGCCCACCGCCCCUCAGAUCCUCAAGCAGGAGGCUCCCCCUCCCACCAACAACACCAACACCGCCAGCGCCACAAACACACAGCCCGCCUCCAAAGUAACAGAGAAACUCCCCCAGGACCUCCACAUCAACAAGACCGAGCCGGACGACUCAGAGCGCGAGUCAGAGAUGGAGACACAGGAGACAGAGACUGAAGCUGAGACACCAAAGGCCCAGACAGGCAAGACAAGGUGUCUACUGUGUGACAAUUGUCCUGGUGAUUUGGAUGCACUGCACAUGCUCCAGCAUUGUAAACCUGCCAACGGGGAUGGAGGUGACAGCGCCACCUUCGACCCCUCCAUCGCCGCCCUCCUGGCCGAGGCAGGGAUAACACCAGGCCAGCAUCCUCUAAAGAAUCUGCUCUCACUCCUCAAGGCCUACUUCGCCUUAAACGCCGAGCCCACCGAGGAAGAGCUGGCCAAGAUCUCUGACAAUGUCAGCCUGCCCGUGGACGUGGUCAAGAAGUGGUUUGAGAAAAUGCGGUCAGGUCAGAUCACGGUCGGACCCCCUGGUUCCUCUCCAGAUGAUUCUGGACUUUCAGAUUCCAGCACAGAGACCCAGCUAGACCAAGAGAAGAGCGGGACAGAGAUAGAGGAGCAGCAUGCCUCAGCCCAAACACAGGAGAGAUCAUCUUCCCAACCUCCUGCCUCGACGUCCCCCUCUGUCUCAGCCUCGGCCCCCUCACCACUAAACCUCUCCUCCAGCGGCCUGGUCAUCGUGAAGACUGAGGUCGACUCUGAGCGCGAGGCUCAAGAUCUUCCCCUGGACCUGUCCCUUCCCAAGCAGCCCCAGUCACAGCCCCAGGUCCCCCACGUUCCACAGGAGCAGCCCCUCAACCUCACCUGCCUGAAGGAGACAGUCCAGGCCCAGCUCCCAGGACUCCAGGGAACCACCAACACCAUCUACGUCACCUCCUCCCCCCAAACGACCAUCCCCAGCCCGGUGAACAUAAUGACCACCCGGCUAGUAGCCAUCACCAAUCAGGGCAGCGGUGUGCCCUGCCUCAGGGCCAUCUCCACCGGCACCACCAAACGGACCAUCCUCAUCCCCCAGCUCACCUACACAUACACCACUACAGCAUGCAGCGGCACCACUGGGGCCGACGGAGCCCAGAAGACCGUCAGAAUCAACGGCUGCCAGGAGGAGAAGUGUGCCACCAGCUCAGAGGGUGUGUCGACGGUAGAGGAGCAGGAUAACUCAGACUCUUCCCCUCCGCUGAAGAAGAUGCGUCGGCUGCAGAGCGGGAUGUACUCCUGUGACUUGUGUGACAAGAUCUUCCAGAAGAGCAGCUCCCUGCUCAGGCAUAAAUACGAACACACAGGAAAGCGGCCACAUGAGUGCGGCAUCUGCGACAAAGCCUUCAAACACAAGCACCACUUGAUAGAACACACGCGACUGCACUCCGGAGAGAAGCCCUACCGCUGUGACAAGUGUGGAAAGUGUUUCUCCCACUCGGGCUCCUACAGCCAGCACAUGAACCACCGAUACUCCUACUGCAAGAAGGAGUCCCAGGGAGGGCGGCAGGGGGGACGUCAGCUCGGGAUGAGCCCUGAAAGGAGUCCUCAAACAGAAGAGCAGCAGUCAGACAGCCGACCCACCUCCCCACCUUCCCAAAUGGACUCAGACGAGAGGGAGAGUGAGGAGGAGCUGGAGGAAGAGGAGGGCAUGGCGGCCAUGAGCAUGGACGACAUACGGGUGGUGCAAGUGGGUGAGGAUGAUGAGGAGAGUGAGAUCUACGAGGUGGAGGAGUUUGGGGAGGAGAGGCAAGAGGAGGAGGAAGGGAGCAGAGAGGAAGAGGGGGAGGAGGAA